UUUUUUUUUUCCCUUUUCUUCUGUGAAAAUCUUUUAAAAGGCUCUCGUUCUUUUCCUUCUUAUAUUUUGUUGUCUGGGCAGAAGAUCAUCUCUCUUGAAAAGGGUUUUUAGUAGUUCAAGCAUGCAGAGAACGAGAUACAACACAACACUCUCUUGCCAAAACUAGGGUUCCCAUUUACUCUCUUUGAAACGCCGAGCCAACUGAUUUUAAGGCCUCCUCUAUUUCAUACCUAAAACCAAAAGAAAGGGUUUUUUUUUUUUUUUUUUUUUCCAUAAAAAGCAGAUACGGAGAGAGAGAGAUAGAGAACGAGGAGCUAAGCUGGAAACAUAAAGGGUUAUGCUUGCCCUCUUUCUCUUUCUUUCUCUCCAUUAAAAAUCACAUCUUUGUAGAGAGGGAGUUGGAGACAUUUGCAGUUUGUUUUAUCCUUUAGUCUCCUCUAUCCUCUCUCUUUGCUUUCUUUUCUUUUGUUUAAUUUGGUUGGUCUUGUUCAAAUAUUUAUUUUUUGAAACCUGUCUUUGUGGAACACAGUUUCAUAGAUUUUUUUCUCUUUUUUUUUUUUUUUAUGUAUAUGUAAGUCUGCAAUUUGGGUUCUAUUCCUUAAGAGUUAAUAAUUUACUAAUUUCAUGGUCAAAGCCGAGUCAUGGCUUGGAAACGAAGCAAAUCAGUCAUAUGGGAGUGUAGUUAGAGAGUGUGGUUGUAAAUUUGCAGAGAAAAAGAAACCAAAAUCAAAGUCGAGUGCUUGAUAUAAAUAAGAACAAUAAAGAAAGAUUAAAGGAAAAAGAGACUUUCUUUGAUGAGUUUUGGGGGCUUUCUUGAUAACAGCUCUGGUGGAGGCCUUGGGGGUGCAAGAAUAGGCACAGACAUCACCUACAGCAACGACAUGCCCACCGGUGCUAUUGCUCAGCCUCGCCUUGUCUCUCCUUCUCUUCCUAAGAGCAUGUUCAACUCUCCGGGCCUCUCGCUUGCUCUUCAGCAACCGAAUAUAGAUAACCAUGGAGAUGGGACUAGAAUGGGUGAGAAUUUUGAGGGAAGUGUUGGGAGAAGAAGCCGAGAAGAGGAACAUGAGAGCAGAUCUGGAAGUGAUAACAUGGAUGGAGCUUCAGGUGAUGAUCAAGACGCAGCCGACAACCCUCCGAGGAAAAAGAGAUACCACCGACACACUCCUCAGCAAAUCCAAGAGCUUGAAACUCUCUUCAAGGAGUGCCCUCAUCCCGAUGAGAAACAGAGAUUGGAGCUUAGCAAAAGGCUUUGCUUAGAAACCAGACAGGUCAAGUUUUGGUUUCAAAACCGCCGUACCCAAAUGAAGACCCAAUUGGAACGCCAUGAGAACAAUUUGCUGAGGCAGGAGAAUGAUAAGCUUCGAGCUGAGAAUAUGUCUAUUAGGGAUGCUAUGAGGAACCCAAUUUGCACUAACUGUGGGGGUCCAGCAAUUAUUGGUGAUAUAUCUCUCGAAGAGCAACAUCUUAGGAUCGAGAACGCCCGUUUAAAGGAUGAGUUAGAUCGAGUUUGUGCACUUGCUGGCAAGUUUUUGGGGCGUCCAGUUUCAGCACUAGUUGCAUCAAUGCCAAACUCAAGUUUAGAACUUGGAGUUGGUAGCAAUGGUUAUGGAGGUUUAAGCACCGUGGCUACAACAUUGCCUUUGGGGCAUGAUUUUGGAGAUGGGAUAGCAAGUGCUUUGCCAGUGAUUCCUCCUAACAGACCAACAACUGGAGUAACUGGACUUGAUAGAUCGGUGGAAAGAUCGAUGUUUUUGGAGCUUGCUUUGGCUGCAAUGGAUGAAUUGGUUAAGAUGGCACAGACUGAUGAACCACUUUGGAUUAGGAGCUUGGAAGGUGGAAGAGAAAUAUUAAACCAAGAUGAGUACGUGAGGACAUUCACUUCUGGCAUUGGCAUGAAACCAAGUGGUUUUGUCACUGAAGCUUCUAGAGAGACUGGGGUGGUGAUUAUCAACAGUUUGGCCCUUGUUGAAACUUUGAUGGACUCGGUGAGCCAACUAUACGUAUAUCCAAUUACGACAUCAACCACUGAUGUGAUAUCUAGUGGCAUGGGAGGAACCAGAAAUGGUGCACUUCAGCUGAUGCAUGCUGAGCUCCAAGUCCUUUCUCCUUUGGUUCCAGUUCGUGAGGUCAAUUUCCUAAGGUUCUGCAAGCAGCAUGCAGAAGGGGUUUGGGCGGUGGUCGAUGUGUCUAUUGACACCAUCCGAGAAACUCCUGGUGCACCAACUUUUGUGAACUGCAGGAGGCUUCCUUCUGGCUGUGUUGUGCAAGAUAUGCCCAAUGGAUACUCCAAGGUUAUAUGGGUUGAAUGUGCAGAAUAUGACGAGAGCCAAGUUCACCAACUCUACCGCCCUUUACUGAGAUCUGGCAUGGGCUUUGGUGCCCAACGCUGGGUGGCGACCCUCCAACGCCAAUGCGAAUGCCUUGCUAUCCUCAUGUCCUCUGCGGUUCACACUAGAGACCAUACUGCUAUAACUGCAAGUGGGAGACGAAGCAUGUUGAAGCUAGCCCAGCGGAUGACGGAUAAUUUCUGUGCUGGAGUGUGUGCCUCGACGGUUCAUAAAUGGAACAAGCUGAAUGCUGGGAACGUGGGUGAAGACGUUAGGGUUAUGACUCGGAAGAGCGUUGAUGACCCUGGUGAGCCACCAGGCAUCGUUUUGAGCGCGGCUACUUCAGUUUGGUUGCCAGUGUCGCCUCAAAGACUGUUUGAUUUUCUACGUGAUGAACGACUGAGGAGCGAGUGGGACAUCUUGUCGAAUGGUGGACCCAUGCAAGAGAUGGCCCACAUCGCCAAAGGCCAAGAUCAUGGCAACUGCGUCUCCCUCCUCCGUGCUAGCGCAAUGAACGCAAACCAGAGCAGUAUGCUGAUAUUGCAGGAGACAUGCAUAGACGCGGCGGGGUCGCUUGUUGUGUACGCGCCCGUUGACAUUCCAGCCAUGCACGUGGUAAUGAACGGUGGUGAUUCUGCUUACGUGGCACUACUACCCUCUGGUUUUGCUAUCGUCCCAGAUGGUCCAGGUUCUCGUGGACCCAUCUCUAAUGGACAUAUUAACGUGAAUGGCGGUGCUGGCGAGUCGCACAGAGUGGGUGGGUCCCUUCUCACCGUGGCUUUCCAAAUAUUGGUGAACAGUUUACCGACGGCCAAGCUUACGUUGGAAUCAGUGGAGACAGUCAAUAAUCUGAUUUCAUGCACCGUCCAGAAGAUCAAAGCUGCCCUUCAUUGCGAAAGCUGAGGGCAAAAACUCACGUGAUACUGAGGGCAGCUUCUUUUAUAGUUUUUUAAUUUUGUACUAGCCUUUUUUUUUUAAUUUUAACAUGGAAGUCCGUUGUGUAUUACUUUAGUCAUUUAUAGGGUUGGUUGUGGCGAAGACUGAGGAGAGCUUUGGCCUUUGUAUUGUGUGAUCUGUGAUGGAGUGUGUGUGUGUGUGUGUGUGACUCAGUGAGUUGGGGGUGUGGAGUCAAGAACGAACCGCGCGAGCAGACUCCUUGCAUGGUGAGGGUCAGGCAGCGACUCGGUGGAAAAUAAAAAGACUGUUUUUCAGCACUAGGCAAGGGUGGUGGUUCGGGUAUUGACUCAGGUCGACCCCUGGCAGGCUUAUCGUGGGGUGGUGGGGAGGGAGAUAGUCAAAACUCAAAACCCAAAAACAAGAAAUCUUCAAAAACAGAGCCUUAUUGUUGUAAUAAUCCAAUCUAUUUUUCCUGGUGGUUUAAUUUUUCAACUACAAAUUCUGUCGAGAAGAUUUCGUGGUCCUGUCAUAGUGUCAUGGAACAUGUUGUAUUGAGUUGUCACUUUUCUUUAGGGUUUGGCUUCAGGAAACUUAUUAAUUUAAUGUAUUG